AUGUCACGUAAUCAACUAGCGAAAUGGACGACAACAGAUUCGCAAAGAUGGGUUCGCGAAAAUUCAGACCCUCCAGGCCGUGAAACGUCUACUGAAGAAGAAGAUCUAACUGGUUCAGUCUUCACCGGAUCUGUACAGUCAUUUAUAUUGCCAUUUACUAGAAUUAAUGAAUACUUAACACCGGGAAUUAAAGCUAAAUAUCACAACCACUCUAGAACUUUCGAAAGUGGAAUCAACUAUCUGAGCUUAGUUUCCCGUAAUGAUGUUCGAUGUAACAUCAUUCCAAACUGUCAGCAUUUUCCUGAUCUGAUGUCAACAUCUUUAACAAAGACAAAUUCACCAAUAAAGCAUAAGUCAAGAUCACUGCGUAAGCAUUCACGUGAAAAAACACUACCAUGUUCAAAUCAAGACGAUAAAACACUCAUGACGUUAGAUUCUAAUAAUGUGUUCAUCAAUCUAAAUGAGUCCAAAUUACAGAUUGCGACAAAUCAGAAGAGCGUACCCCGUUCUAGAAGAUUACCGUCACCAUGUGUUCGUAUGAAAACACUAGAAACGGAUACAAAUUAUAAUGUAUCUCUCGAAACAGGUCAGAACACAAGCUCCUCAAACUAUGAUCUUCGACCGAAGCGAUUAAUAGAAACAGAACGCAUGGUUAGACAAGAAUUAGCGUCUGCAAAACAGAAAUCAGCAACUUUCAAUAGUAACAAUGGCAUAGACAGAGAAGAUCGGAAAUCAGCGAUGCAGAAUUCACCAAUACCUCUAAAAAAGUCGAGUUCUAGUGAGAGAAGACAAAUAAUUUCUCCAGAUACAAAUACACCUGUGAAUGUUUUAGAAGAAAUAAAUUCAUUUGAAAUGAGUGAUAGUGAGACCGACUUAUCUAGAGGAUUGGAAAGAACUCGAGUCCUAAGGAAUGGUGAUGAUUUAAUCAGAACUGAUGGAAAUUCGAAGAUACAAGAGCUUCGAAGCUUUAUAAAUCAAAUACUUGAGGAAGAUAGGGACAACAAGUCUUUAGCCAACUCUCCGAACAGUUUUAAACCAAGUCCAAGAAGAUCAAUGUCUUGUCGUACACUUCCUGAUGCUAUGUACCAAGGCGCUAUUUUCCCUCAACCAAUGGCUGCUGCAGCAGCAGUUGCAGCUAGUGGUGCAGCAGUUGUUGGUAAUUCAGCUCCAUCACCAGUUGCUGCAAUGCUUGGAAAUAUAAUUGGUUGUAAUGAAAAAGAUAUUGUGCAUGCUGUUCAAUCGUCGUCGACGUUAUCAUCGGCGUCGGCGUCGUCAUCAUCAUCAUCAGCAGCAGCAGCAGCAUCAUCAUCUUCGUAUGCCGGACCAUCGUUAUUAUCCAACUCAUCUAGACAUAAUAACUGUUCUGUUAGCAAUAAAUGUGACUGUGAUGCUACUACAGUUAUCAACCGUUGCCCGCAGCAGCGGCAGCAGCAACAGCAACAACAACAACAAAUUUCUACAGUUGGUGAGAAAAGUUCAAACGAUGAUCAUGAAAACGAACAUGGCGGUAGUGGUGGUGGUGGUGUAGGCGUUAGUAAUAAUAGUAAUAAUAAUAAUAAUUCUAUGGAUCAAAAUAAUGUUCAAUCGAAUACUAUCAACACUUCUUCAUCGUCAUCAGAUCGUUGUAAGUGUACAAAUACCUUAUUGGAUAAUAAUCCACAUUCUCUUCAAGAUGCAAUUACCUCAGAUUCAAGCAAUUGGUCCAGUGUAAUAACAACAAUAGCGUCAGCUGCAAAAGCCGCAGCUACAGCUGCCGUCGCGGCUACAGCUGCAGUAACUAGUUUCGUUAAUUUAUUCCGUCUAACAAAGUUGAAAAAUAAAGUUGAUCCUAAAUUACAAUCAGGAUCAUCAUUAUCAUCAUCAUCAUCCAGUGGGACGCCGGCAUCAUCAUCAUCAACCUCUAGCCCCUCACUUCAGUGUAUUGCUCAGUCUAGAAAUCUCCGGCUGAGUACUACUACAGAUCAAAUGUCUUCGUCUGUUAUUGUUCAUGAUGAUGAUGACGAUGAUGAGGAUGAGGAUGAUGAUGAUGAGGAGGAGGAGGAGGAAACUGAACUCAGUGGUUAUUUGUCAACUGAAGAAGCUGUAACAAUGACAAGUGCUGCAGCGGCUGCGGCAGCUACAGUCGCUGCUGAACGACACCAGUUGUUUGAAAAUAAUUUUCUAUCUGAGAUGAAUCAUCCAAUAGACCCUUUGACUGCAUCAAUCGCCAAUGCAUCUGUCUCCCCCGGUAUGCAAAGCAUAUCUCAACCUUCUUCAGCUUUCGAAGUAUGCCAUUAUCCUGUUGUUUCAAUUGCAAACGUCUUCCCUAAACUAUCACAAGAUGUUACGUCAGAGAAUGCAAAAUUAAAUCCUGUUGGUGUACCGAAUACAGUGACCCUACUUUUAGGUCGGAGUACAACACCACAAACAUCAACCUAUGCUAUUCCUGCUUCAGUCGCUUCUCAUCCUAGUGUUCCAAUGCAAAUUCCUGUUUCUGUUGGAACGCAUUUAACGCCAAUGGUUAGUUGUCCACCACAUCGUGGUGGUCCAGCUGAACUGGUUGUCUCUGUAGCCUAUCCAAAUCAAGCUGCUGCUGCUGCUGCCGCCAGUGUUAGGCCGACAACGUCAAAUCAGUAUAUUGCAUCGAAUCCUGUGAAUAACAGUAAUAAUACACAGACGCCGCAUCUGAUGCCUAAUAAUCAUCAAAUACAAAUAGUACAUAAAUUUACAGACCCAAAACAAAUAACACGCAAAAAAUGA